AGCAAAGUUCCAGCAAAAAGGUUCAUCAGCACCUGCUGCUAAAAAUGGUCUGUUGCAGCCAAAAAGAAGUUUGAAGCAGUGAUGAAUCUGAUUCAGACUCUUCAGAUUCUGAGGAGGAAGAUGAACCCAAGGGCAAGCUGCAGUGAAGAAGACUCCUGCAGCACCUGUUGCCAAAAAUGGCUCUGCUGCAGCCAAGAAAAAGCCGAUAGUAGUGAUGAUUCAGAUUCUGAAGAUGAGUCUGAUGAUGAAGAUGAAACUCCUGCAAAGGUAGCUCCAAAAAAGGCGACUGCUGUAUCUUCCAACGGAAAGGAUGAGUCAGAGGUAGUGACUCUGAUGAUGAGUCAGAUGACAGUGACUCUGAUGAGAAGAAGCCAAAAGCUGCUGCACCCAAAAAAGCUGAGAGCUCUGAUGAGGAGAGUUCUGAAGAGGAUUCCGAUGAAUCUGAGGAUGAGACAAAAAAGCUCCCAAGACACCAAAGCAAAAGGUAUGUGCAAUACCCAAUAAUUUUAAUUGUGUUGCUGAAUUAUUGCUUUUUGCUUCAGGAUUAAUGUUUUUGUGACUUUUGUUGAACAGGCGGUGUGGUGAUGUAGAAAUGGUAGAUGCGAUUUCUGCAAAGUCAAAUAUAAAGAGUGCUCCCAAAACCCCCAAUACUCCUCAAGUUGAAGCCACUGGAUCAAACUCUUUUCCUGGGCAAUCUAUCAUUCUCUAUUGAGGAAGCUGAUGUGAAGAAUUUCUUUAAGUGCUGGUGAAGUUGUUGAUGUUCGUUUUGCUACUGAUAAGAGAAACAGGGGACUUCAAGGGAUUUGGCCAUGUUGAGUUUGCCACAGUAGAAGCAGCUCAAAAUGCUCUUAAUUUAGCUGGUCAAGAUCUUGUUGGUCGUCAGGUUAGACUUGAUUUGGCCCGGGAGGAGGUGCAUUCACUCGCCAGCCAGCGGGUA